CAGUCUGCGCGAGGGGACUGGCGGGACGGUGGCGGAGGGCAGACAUGUCGGGGAUCGGAGUUGUGUCGCGGCUGUUGCGCUCCCGGCGCCUAGCGCUGACCUGGGCGCGGCCAGCAGCGUUGCAGACAGCAGCCCGCGGUUUUCACUUCACCGUUGAUGGCAGUAAGAGGUCGUCCGCUAAAGUUUCAGAUGCAAUUUCUAUGCAGUACCCAGUAGUGGAUCAUGAAUUCGAUGCGGUGGUGGUCGGCGCCGGAGGGGCAGGCCUGCGAGCUGCAUUUGGCCUUUCUGAAGCAGGGUUUAACACGGCCUGCGUCACAAAGCUCUUUCCCACCAGGUCACACACUGUCGCAGCCCAGGGAGGGAUCAACGCCGCCCUGGGGAACAUGGAGGAGGACAACUGGAGGUGGCACUUCUACGACACUGUGAAGGGCUCCGACUGGCUGGGGGACCAGGAUGCCAUCCACUACAUGACGGAGCACGCCCCGGCCUCCGUGGUAGAGCUGGAGAAUUACGGCAUGCCGUUUAGCAGAACGGAAGAUGGGAAGAUCUACCAGCGUGCCUUUGGUGGCCAGAGCCUCAAGUUUGGGAAAGGCGGGCAGGCCCAUCGGUGCUGCUGCGUGGCCGACCGCACUGGCCACUCGCUGCUGCACACUUUGUAUGGAAGGUCUCUGCGAUAUGAUACCAGCUAUUUUGUGGAGUAUUUUGCCUUGGAUCUCCUGAUGGAGAACGGGGAGUGCCGAGGCGUUAUUGCUCUGUGCAUAGAAGACGGGUCCAUCCACCGCAUCAGAGCAAAGAACACCGUUGUAGCUACUGGAGGCUAUGGGCGCACCUACUUCAGCUGCACGUCCGCCCACACCAGCACCGGGGACGGCACUGCCAUGAUCACCAGGGCAGGCCUUCCCUGCCAGGACCUGGAGUUUGUUCAGUUCCACCCCACAGGCAUAUACGGCGCUGGCUGUCUCAUCACGGAGGGGUGCCGUGGAGAGGGAGGCAUCCUUGUCAACAGCCAAGGCGAGAGGUUCAUGGAGCGCUACGCUCCUGUCGCGAAGGACCUGGCGUCCAGGGACGUCGUAUCCCGCUCCAUGACCCUGGAGAUCCGUGAAGGAAGAGGCUGUGGCCCUGAGAAGGAUCACGUGUACCUGCAGCUGCACCACCUCCCCCCUGAACAGCUGGCUAUGCGCCUGCCUGGCAUCUCGGAGACAGCCAUGAUCUUCGCGGGUGUGGACGUCACCAAGGAGCCGAUCCCCGUGCUUCCCACCGUGCACUACAACAUGGGUGGCAUCCCCACCAACUACAAAGGGCAGGUUCUGAAGCACGUGGACGGCCAGGACCAGGUCGUGCCCGGCCUGUACGCGUGUGGGGAGGCUGCCUGCGCCUCGGUGCACGGCGCCAACCGGCUGGGGGCGAACUCGCUCCUGGACCUGGUUGUCUUCGGCCGGGCGUGCGCGCGGAGCAUCGCGGAGUCCUGCAGGCCCGGAGAUAAAGUUCCCAUGAUUAAACCAAAUGCUGGGGAAGAAUCUGUCAUGAAUCUUGACAAAUUGAGAUUUGCCAAUGGAAGCAUAAGAACAUCGGAACUACGGCUGAACAUGCAGAAGUCGAUGCAAAGUCAUGCCGCAGUGUUUCGUGUGGGAAGCGUAUUACAGGAAGGCUGUGAGAAGAUCAGCAAGCUCUAUGGCGAUCUAAAGCAUCUGAAGACGUUUGACAGGGGAAUGGUCUGGAACACUGACCUGGUGGAGACCCUGGAGCUGCAGAACCUGAUGCUUUGUGCCCUGCAGACCAUUUACGGAGCAGAGGCCCGGAAGGAGUCUCGCGGCGCUCAUGCCAGGGAGGAUUUCAAGGAGCGGGUUGACGAGUACGAUUACUCCAAGCCCAUCCAGGGGCAGCACAGGAAGCCAUUUGAGGAGCACUGGAGGAAGCACACGCUCUCCUCCGUGGACAUCAGGACUGGGAAGGUCUCCCUGGAGUACAGACCCGUAAUCGACAGAACUUUGAACGAGGCUGACUGCGCCACUGUCCCCCCAGCCACCCGCUCCUACUGAGGGGACCGGAGUUUACCAGCUCUUGUAAUUAUGUACAGUAACUCAUGCACGUGUUCAUACUGUAACUGCCCUCUUAAACUGUCCUCGAGUGACUGAGGAUGCCACUUGACAGAGAUUCCUACCAGAGGCCAGCAGCUUGCCAGUAAUCAACAGCCAGGAAGUGUUCGGCUUGCCUUUGUCCCUGCUUCAUUCUUGAGAAAUAAUAAAACGGCGCAAUUCUUAGAUGAAACAUAAGUUAUAAACUUGCGUUUAUUUCCAAGUUCCUUUAAAAUCAUACUGUUUGACCUGAGGCAUAUUUGUUGACCUGAAAUAUAAAACGUGACUAUCUUUUUAUUCUGUUGCAUCAACAUCCAGAAAUUUUGCUGCAAUGUAUGUUUAAGUGAAAAUGCAUUUUGGUGCCUGACAGCAAAUGAAGAAAACAAACGUUUCCUCCUACUUCUUAGGAAGCAAAUGGUUUAAUGUGUGAACGUGUGUCCUGAAGUAUUUAAAUGACCGAAUACUAAAUGAAACUGAUGUGGGUGCAAAUGGGUUUCUUCCUUUUCCACCUCCAUGCAGAUGCUGCUUGGGGCCACCUUCCAAGUUCUUGUCUCAGGGUCGGCUUCUGUAGAAUCCAGUCCGAAGCAAUUGAGUUCAUUCAUUUCAGAUUCUAUUUUUCUAGUUUAGGGAUUGCCUUUAAAAAUUUAAAGUUUGUAACUAUGUAAAGCAUUGACAUGAUUUCAAAGCCUGUUGUGUUCAGAGCUCAGCUCCGUAACUGUCCCUCAUGCUCCCCUCUCUCUCCUCUGCAGGACCCACUGUUGUUUUUCUUUCUAGUCGGUGUCCUAAGAAAACAGAAAGCAAGUAUGUAUUUCUGUUGUGUUAGACAGACGGCCCUGCCCCUUGCCUGCAUAUCCUGGAGGUCCUUCCUAAUCACUCGUCCUACGGCCGAGUCCUCCUCCACUGCAUGAGCGUACCUUGUCCCCUGGCAGGACAUUUGUGUUGAUGCCACAGUGAGUAACUGUGAAGUCAUUUUCUUAGCCAGUUUCUUAGAAGUGGAUUUCUAGAAGUAGGGUUGCUGGGUCAGAGGGCAAAUGCACUUGUCGUUUUGUUAGAUGCUGGUAAGUUCUCUUCAAAAGGGCUGUGACAUUCUGCAUUCCCACCACAGUGUCUCAGUCCCUGUUUCCCACAGCUUUGCAGAGAAAGUAUGAUGGUAAGCUUUUGGAUGUUUACCAAUCCAAACAACAAUGGCCAUAUCUGAUUGAAACAGAUGGAAUAUAUUAAAAACUGAAUUCAUAAUGAUAGUUUUAGAAAGCCAAAAUAACCGAACAAGAAAUACAAUUGGUCACUCUUGAAAGUAAC